UAGGUCCCGCCUCCUUUCCGGUCCACCACGUGUGUCGAUCUGGACCGGAGACCGCACACCGGCUGUCCGCCAUCGACGACGGAGAGGGCCUGCCGCGGCGGCGGCGGCGGCAACAGCACCCGCCAUGGCUGACGAUCCUCCUCCAAAGACGCGCCACUUGAAGGUACGGUUCAUCCCGCCGGGUGGCUCGACGAGCGCGGAUGCGGACGCGCACGGGCCCAAAGCCCCAGCUCCGCCAUCCUCCGCCGCUCCACCGCCGCCCGCCGUGGAGCCGGCCUCCUCCGGCAUGGCGGACGAACCUCCUCCAAAGACGCGCCAGUUGAAGGUACGGUUCAUCCCGCCGCGGGGAUCGACGAGCGGGGAUGCGGACGCGCACGGGCCCGAAACCCUAGCUCCGCCUUCCUCCGCCGCUCCACCGCCGCCCGCCGUGGCGCCGGCCUCCUCCGCCCCACGGCAGCCGGAUCCGGCGGACAACCGGUCCCGACGGCCCCGACCCGGCUCGGCUCCGCCCUCCUCCCUCCGCCCUCCUCCCUCGGGCAAGGUUUUUAGCCCGACGCCGCCUUCCUCCUCGACGUCGUCCCAGCGGAAGUCUGAGCGCGGGGUCGCCAAAAUCCUGGAUCCACCGCCCUCCCGCGCCCUGAUGUCUCCAGAGGCUUCGACAGCCAUUCCCACCAGCAACUCGAGAUCUCUCAGACGAACUCCUGCGCGUGCGGCGCGUCUUGAUGCAGCUAGCCAGCACUGCCACAAGGAUGAAGCACCAACGAAGGUUGAAGACAUUUUUGCUGGUUCAAACUGGAAAGGGAAGAUUCCCCUCAAUGCUGGUGCUGAAACUCAGAAGAAAGCUGUCGCCGAUAAAUUCGCGUUCACCGGGGUGGACGCGAAUUUAUCCUAACUAGUUGCGCGCGCAACUUGAAUCAUCGCCGUCCAUCUGGGAUGCAGUCAAAUCAACCUACCCCACCACGGUCCCAGCCAUGCAGUGUAUUCCUGGGCAUGUGAUAUUCUGAUGUUUGUAUAACGAGCCGUAUCGCGUCGUUUGUGGGCCAGUGGCCUAUAGAUUCUUCUGCCAUGCAGUACUGUUAGCCCAGGUCCUUUUGAUUCCCCGUGUGGAUAGCGAUGUGCAUCAACCACGCGUGGAGACACAAUAUCUGUUGCGCAUGAUUUAUUUGGCUGGU